AUGUCAAUGCUGAAUGCCAGUACUCCCUUCCACCCUGCUGCCUUCCUCCUGGUUGGGAUCCCAGGCCUGGAGGCCACCCAGUUCUGGAUCGCCUUCCCUUUCUGCAUCAUGUAUGUCAUUGCCAUGGUGGGAAAUGUCAUUGUCUCCUUCAUUAUAAAGACUGAGCCGAGCUUGCAUGAGCCCAUGUACCUUUUCCUGGCCAUGCUGGCCAUCACCGACCUGGUUCUGUCCACUUCCACCGUACCCAAAAUGCUGGGCAUCUUCUGGCUGGGCUCCAGGGAGAUUGGUUUCCAUGCCUGCCUCGCUCAGAUGUUCUUUAUUCACACCUUCUCAUCGGUGGAGUCGGGCGUUCUCAUGGCCAUGGCGCUGGACCGCUACAUUGCUAUCCGCUACCCACCCCGGCACUCCAGCAUCCUCUCCAUCCCCAUGACCAAGAAAAUAGGCAGCCUCGUGCUGACACGUGGGGUCCUCUUGAUAAGCCCCUUCUGCAUCCUCGCCAGCCGGCUUCCCUUCUGCAGGCAUCGCCUCAUCUCCCACUCCUAUUGCGAGCACAUGGCUGUGGUGAAGCUGGUGUGUGGAGAUGCCAGAGCCAACGUUGUGUAUGGCCUAUUUGUGGCUUUCAUGGUGGCGGGCUUUGAUGUGCUCAUGAUCUCUGUGUCCUAUGCCAUGAUCCUGCGGACGGUCAUGAGGCUCCCAUCCACCGAGGCCCGUCUCAAAGCCGUCAGCACCUGCACUUCC